GGGUGUUCGCUCGGAGAGUAGUCCUAGCCUAGCUAUGUUGCUAUCUCUUCUUACUAAAUAAUUAGACUAUAAGCUGGACUAGCUACUAGCUAAUACUCUUUCAUGUAAAGUUUAGCUAACUAGGUUGCUACUAAUUGUCACAGUCUGUGGGACUGAGCAGGCGACGUGUCAACGAUGUUGGCACAAUGUAGGCUAUUUUAAAUAAAGUAGAACUAGCUGGCUAUAUAAUGCUUUUGCUAUUAGUUUCUAGCUAGCUAACGUUACUAGCACUAGCACCCUACCUUGUAGUGGUUAGCGUACACUGUCACUGGCUCGUCAAGCUAGCUAAGUACAUUAUGUACACCUAGCUACAAAUGUAGCUAGCUCUAGUGAAAUGAAUGUAUACAUGUAGCUGUUUUACUCGUUCCCUUAAACAUGCGCAAGCUUUGAAAGAGACUGAACAGAUUGAAAGCGAGUCACCCACCCCCCCAGCACCCACAUGUGUAUCAUCUUCUUCAAGUUUGACCCUCGGCCUGCAUCCAAAAAUGCAUACAGGCUGAUUCUGGCUGCCAACAGAGAUGAGUUCUACAACAGGCCGUCGAAAGCUGCCGAUUUUUGGCCAAACAACGGCGAUAUUCUCAGUGGGCUGGACCUGGAGGAGGGAAAGGAAGGUGGGUCAUGGCUCGGGAUCAACAAGAGGGGCAAGCUCGCUGCGCUGACCAACUACCUGGAGGGACGACCCAACCCCGAGGCCCAGGGCCGAGGGUUUCUCGUCCCAAACUUCCUGACGGACCACCAGGACAGCUACUCCUACCUGAAGAAGGUCUCCACGGAGGGACACCUGUACAACGGCUUCAACCUCCUCACUGCUGAGUUCAGGGCCAAAGACGACACCAUGUGUUACUAUGGAAACAGAGGCAGUGCUGAGCCCAUCCGUCUAAAAGCAGCAGGAAUCUAUGGGCUGAGUAACUCCCUCCUUGAGACUCCGUGGAACAAGCUGCAGCAGGGCAAGCGCCACUUCACCAGCGUGGUCGACCAGGGCCUGCCCUGCGACGGCCUGGUGCAGGAGCUCAUCAAGCUCCUCAACAAUGAGGAGAUGAACAGCCCUGACCCGGCGCAGGAGAGCCAGGGGGAAGGCUACAGCGGGCGCAUGCUCCAGGCCCUGUCUGCCGUGUGUGUGCGCUCGCCCUCUUACGGAACAAGGGCCAAUACCAUCAUCCUUGUGGAUGCAGCCGGGAAUGUGACCUUCACCGAGCGCACCAUGUUAAACUGUGACGUCAGCCAAUGGAGUACAAACACUUUCCAGUUCAAACUCCAGGAGGACUGAAGACCGCCGGGGGAACCCUACUCUGUGCCUUUCUUCAUCCCAUCGCUUUCCUCCUUCCAGUCAGCCAUACUCCCUCGACAAUGACAACAAUUUUGUUUUCUAUUGGAACCGACGUAGGUGUGAGUGGUGUUUUUAAUUAGCACACCUUUUUAUUGGAAAGAGAUUAAUUGCACGUUUUAAUGUUUUGGGAGUUAUUUCCGCUUGAACAUAUGGCAAGUGUGAAGUGACUAUUACAUUGAGUUGUUUUUCCUUGAUUAUAGACUCAUGGUCUGAGAGCUAUUGUUUAAUUUAUAAUAAGGACUUGAUGUUAUUUUGAUGUGUGUGCAUUAAAAUGUUUAUUGCCAAAGAACAGCCAUUUGACAGAACAAUGGUACGUUAAGCUAUCACCAUCUAAUCUAAAAUGAUAUCCUUAUUGUUUUCUUUUUUCUUUUCCUGCCUUUUGUAUUGCUUUAGGUGAGUGUUUUGCCUUGCUGGAAAUUAGAUCCUGCACACCACUUACCCCAGUCAAUCUAAUCUUUGCAAUGAGCCAUCCGAAUCCCUCUUUUGAAUGAAUGACUCUUUUCGAUGUAUGAUUCAACGAUGAUUCUACUUCCUGAGUGUUCUUAUUGGCUCAGGUUUACAUGAAUCUGUCACAGUUUUCUUGAUUUCACUCGUGAAUAAAGUAUUUUAAUCAAUG